AUGACUUGUUCCAAGGCUCCCAGUGACCUCAUCUACGUUGGUCGCUUUCUCCAAGCCCACGUCAAGGAUCUCUUUGGUAGCCGAAAAGAUGUUCGGGUCUACCAGCAGUGCCAGGCCAUAGCACGAAAGGCAAGCAGAAGGCAACCUUUCGGCAGCGAGACAUCCAGGCCCGCAGCAACUUCUCUAUUUAAGUUGGCAUUGGCGCAGCUAGUUGCUGGUCCAUUACUUCCAAGCACCUCGCCCAUGCCUGUUAUGCGCCCCGGGGUCGCUGUUGUUCAUCGCGAGGCUGCCAUCACCUUCCCGGGCGCCAUGUGGCACGAAAAAGACUUUGUCGAUACGACUGCGGAGACACUUCCUGAUGGUGAUGCCAAAGAGCCCACUUUUCAGUGUAAAACCCCUGUUUGGCGGUAUAGAGGCCGCUGUAUCGUAAAGCGCGGUUAUUGUGGCCAUGGAUACCUGGAGCACGAGAAAGACCUCCUGAGCCUGGCCACUCCAGAGGGUGACGUUAUUACGUGGCUGGAGACCUUGGUGGAAUAUGCCGGAUUUUAUUUCCGUAAGCAGGUCACUGCUGCGGCCAAGCCUCCGUCCGGGAUAGAAGAUCACAUUCCAGUAUCCUCAAAAUUCAAAAGCAGAUAUGCUGGAGAAGCAGAACGUGUGGACUGGACUCCCGAGCUGAUAGACGGCAUCAUCUCCUUAGGUGAAUUUGAGCAAGUGGGAUCUGAAGAGGAAGGCACUCUUCAAUUCUAUUCAACCCCAGACGCCGAAGAACUCGCACGCAAGCGCGAGCAGCAUCAGAGGAAACCUAUUAGUGCCGAUUCCCUACGGCCGGAGAGCUUGAUCAGGGAGCUCAUGUUCAGCCUGCAAAAUGAAUCUUUUAAACUUCAAUUUUUCCUACUUGCUGUUACAUCGCUUAUGCUGGCAGCUACUGAGGCAAAGCGUGAAAACCAGCUACCCUUUUUGGUUGGAUAUAUUCUUGGAGCUGCUGUUGGCAUGGAUGAUGAGCUGAUGAAAGCUGCAGCGAAUAGUAUGAAUGAGAUAAAUGGGUUUUUUGAUGCAGCAGACCUACAGCUUGGGCUUGGGUUUAACUCAGAUAUGAUUUCGAACUCGGGAGGAUUUAUAACUGCUGAAGACGGAACUGUUGGUCGCAGCUCGACAAGUGCCCUUACCGAGACAAAUGUCGCCAUAUGGUCGCCAGCCCACCCAAGAGCUUUCGACAAAGCUCGUAAAGCUACCAUUUCCACUCGCAUAGGAACUAUGCACUCGCACUCAGAGGUUAAGGCGGCACUCGAGGCAACCAAAGAUGUUGACCAGACGUUCUGCCUAUCGGUCAACAACGUUAUGCUCGUCUUCUCUGCCUCUCAGGAUGAGCACACUUUGCACUGUCACAAGGUUCUCCAAAUGCUAGAAGGCUGUUCGAUGCGUAUAAAUGUCAAUGACUGUGUUUUCGAUUCUAAAAACAGCAUCGACGCAGGCAUUCAAUUGGAGCAAGUCGGAAAUCACAAGGUCUACUUGGUUAUAAACAAGGGCGUGCAAGGGAGUUCGUAA